AUGGUGAAUUUCCUAGUCUCCCUGGACUCCUCGCAGAGAGAAUCUCUGCCCAGCAGUCUCUUCUUCCACACCUACCUCCUUCUCCUCCUCCUUCUCCGGCCUGGGGAGCCAAACUCAGAGGAGAUCACGGUGAUAGGCCCUGGGGAAUCCAUCCUGGCCCUCGUCGGGGAAGAGGUGGAGUUCCAGUGCCAACUGUCGUCGUCCCUGGACGCCGAGCACAUGGAGAUCCUGUGGUUCCGGAACCGGGACUCGGAUGUGGUCCACCUGUACCAGGAGCGGCAGGAGCUCUACAGCCGGCAGAUGGCGCAGUUCCAGAACAGGACCAAACUCCUCAAGGAGCACAUCGCUGACGGCAGCGUGAUCUUGCAGCUCCACCGUGUGGUGCCCUCCGAUGAGGGCCGGUAUGGGUGCCGCUUCCUCUCCAGCGACUUCUCUGGUGAAGCUGUCUGGGAGCUGGAGGUAGCAGGGCUGGGCUCAGACCCUCACAUCUCCCUUGAGGGCUUCAAGGAAGGAGGUAUUCAGCUGAGGUGCAGUUCCAGUGGCUGGUACCCCAAGCCGAAGGCUCAAUGGAGAGACCGUCAGGGACAGUGCCUGCCUCCAGAAUCCGAAGCCAUCGUCCAGGACGCCUGGGGCCUGUUCGGUCUAGAAACAUCUGUGGUUGUCCGAGUGGGGGCCCACAGCAACGUGUCCUGCUCCAUCGAGAACCCCCUGCUGAUCCAGAAGAAAGAGUUUAUGGUUCAGAUAGCAGACAUAUUUUUACCUGGAACGUCCCCCUGGAAGACAGCUUUCCUUGGGAUCCUGGUGGGAUUGCUGCUCAUCCUAGCUCUUCUCAUGAUUCUGGUGCUGUACUUCUUUCAGAAGCAACGGAGGUCCCAAGAAAAGCUGAUGAAGCAGGCAGAGAAGGAACAAGGGAAAUUUAUAGCACAGUUGGAGAAGCUUCAGAUGGAGCUGGACUGGAGAAGGGCGGAGGGCCAGGCUGAGUGGAGAGCAGCCCAACAAUAUGCAGUGGAUGUGACCCUGGACCCGGCCUCAGCACACCCCAGCCUGGAGGUCUCCAAAGACGGCAAGAGCGUUUCCUCCCGCGAGGCGGCGCCCAGCCUGGAGGCGGGAAGCCCGCAGCGGUUCGCGGGGCAGACUUGCGUGCUGAGCCGCGAGCGCUUCUCGGGGGGCCGCCACUACUGGGAGGUGCACGUGGGCCGCCGCAGUCGCUGGUUUCUGGGCGCGUGUCUGGCCGCGGUGCCGGGCCCGGGGCCUGCGCGCCUGAGCCCGGCCGGCGGCUACUGGGUGAUGGGGCUGUGGAACGGCUGCGAGUACUUCGUGCUGGACCCGCACCGCGUCGCGCUCACCCUGCGCGUGCCCCCCAGACGCGUGGGCGUCUUCCUGGACUGGGAGGCGGGAAAGCUGUCCUUCUUCAACGUGUCCGACGGCUCGCACAUCUUCACCUUCACGGACACCUUCUCAGGGACGCUGUGCGCAUAUUUCAGGCCCAGAGCCCACGAUGGCGGUGAACGCCCGGAUCCUCUGACCAUUUGUCCGUUGCCGGUUAGAGAGACGUGUGUCCCGGAAGAGGACGACUACGACACCUGUGUACAGCCUUAUGAGCCCUCGGACCCUGCCCUGGGUCUGUGGUGAGGCUCUCUCGUGGCCAGAGACCUGCGUCCUGGGCAGCUUCCUGGAUACCACAGUGAGAAAAUGCACUGACCAGAAUGUCACCAAAAUGCAGCAAAGGCCAAAGUCUCAGUGCAGCCGAAGGGGGACAGG